UUCCAAUUGUAGACCUGAAGAUUUAAUUAUGAAGUUCUUGUACGUUUUAUUCGUAAUCUUUGCGGCUAUUGUUGGCCUCAGCCAAGCACAAGUUGGUAAUGGAAACCUUGGCAUUGGUGGAGGUAUGGGUGGCUAUGGUGGAGGCAAUAAUGGUAGAGAAGGUUACAACCAAGGUAUGAAUAAUGGAAAUGGUAGAGGUCGUGGAGGACCUGGAAGAGGACGUGGAGGAAAUCAAGGAGGAGAAAUGUACGGAUGGAGAAGAUAAUGUGUACAUUGUCAACAAAUUACUGAGAAUCAUCUACAAGGAAUUUAAAAUAAAUAUAUCCUACAAUUCUUUUUCGCUUAUAAUUUUUAAUUGUUUAAAUAAAGAAAAUUUGCAUAUUGUAUA